AGGCGAGGAGAGACACGGAGGGAGCCACAGGGUGAGGAGGGCGCGCACACACACACACACGCCAAGAAGGAGUAGCAGAGAGACCGAGUGAGACUUCUCCACUGUGUGGGAUCCCCGCUCGACCCACUGCAACACACCUCAAGAUGCUUCGGAGAAAAGACAAGGAGGCUGCCAAGGACGGCACGCUCAAGGUCUCGGGCAAGAUGAGCAAAGCCCAGGCCAGCAGCUUGGCCGUCCUGGUCGGCCAAAUGCAAAAGAACGCCGACAAGGUGGAGCAAGACAUCCUCCGAGCCGAGGAGCUGCUGGCUGUGGAUGCUGAAAAUGACAAGCUGGAGCGUCCCUUCCAGCACCAGACCAAGGUCUCAGAGGAUCUGACGGAGGCCGAGGGUCUGGUGAAGGACCUCUUCUUGGACAUCGACAGACUCAAGAAGCUCAAACAUCCACAAGCCAAAGACAUCGACAACGAUGUCUGCCGGCUUCACGAGCGAUGGCUGAAGGACUGUCUCUUCUACCGGGAAAUCUACGAGCAGAUCGACGACGUGUUGCUGAUGCCCAAGAUCGAGUGGGGGCCCGUUUUCAGCGAGAAGCAGAAAAAUGUGAAUAAUGACGAGUUCGGCCCGUCCAUAGCAGACCUGGAGAAGCAGAUCGCCGCUCACAACAUCCUGCACAAAGAGCUGGAGUCCUACAACCCACAGCUCUGCGUCAGCUCGGCCGGCAGCAAGGAAAAAUAUAAUGCUCUGAAGAAAGAAUACAACACAUUGUUGGAAAACUCCAAGUGGCGUCGCCACUAUCUGAACAGCCUGUACGAGUACAUGCAGGGCAGCAACAAAGAGCUGGGCUUCUUGAGAGAGGAACAAGACAAGAUCAAGAAGCAGGACUGGAGUGACCGCAUAGUCGACCCAUCUGACGUCCGCAGGCAGUACGAGAAUUUCAAGAACAACAGUCUGCUGGCUCACGAGAGCGAGGUGAACAAACUCCAGGAUGAAGGAGACAGACUCAUCGAGCUGGGUCACCCUGCCAGCGAGACCAUAAAGAACCAAAGAGAAGCGGUGCGAGGCGAGUGGCAGAAAUUCCUCAAUCUAUGCAUCUGCCAAGAGACUCACCUGGACAAUGUGGAGGAAUACAAAAAGUAUCAAAUGGACACAGAGCAGCUGUCUGAGACACUGAGCAAACUCAACAACAGCAUCGACCCCAAGGCCAUCGCCAAGAAGAGCAACUCCGAGACGCUGCUGCAGCUCGAGGGUGAGGAAAGGGCCGUGCAGAACAGCGAGCAGCUGCUGUCCGACCUGAGGAGACGCAGCACCACCAUCCCUCCUCUGAAACUGCGACGCAUCCCUCCAAGCAGAUCCAUCACGGUGGAGUCCCUGUGCGACUGGGAGGGAGACGAGGGUGCUCUGACAAGAGGUGAAAAAUUCAGCCUGAGAUCAAAUUCAGGCGACAACUGGGACGUCGUCGCCUCCAACGGGACAACCAAAAGCUUCCCAGGAGUUUGCUUCCAGAUCCCUCCACCUGACCCAGAGGCCAUCGACACUGUGGACCUUUUGGGCAAUGAGCUGGCAGACGUCAAGAAGAGACGAGCUGCUCUUGCAGCAUCACUGAAAAAUCACAGAACGGACACGGCUAGGACCCAACAGUCAGCCCCGGCGUCCUCUGCCCCACCGGACCCCAAAGCCUUAGCUCUCGCUCAGCAGCUGGACAAGCUGGACAGUGACUUGGCCAAUGCUGAGGAAGACAUGCUGGGCCGCAUGCGAACCCCGCUGGACCGCAACAACGCUGCCUCAGACUUGGCCGACAGGCUGAGGAAGCAGGAGCAAGCUGCCAAAGCUCUGCAGGCUCUGCAGCAGCAGUCGGCAGCCACCCAGGCCGACCUGCAGCCACUGCUGUCCAAAGAUCCCAGCGGUAUUUCGGGUCUGCCGCUCAAACUCAGCGCUGCCAACAACAAGUACGACAGCAUCGCUGCCCUGGCUGACCUCUACAAUAAAAAAGCAAAUGCGUCUCUCGAGCUGGAGAAUCAGAUUAAAAAGGUGGAUGGGAUUGUUUCUGGGUUCGAGGACAAGCUGAGUGAAGAUGGACCAAUUCCAGAUGUCCCAAAUGCUAUUCAAGCACGAGCCGAUGACAUUCAGUACCAGAAAAAGGCUGUGGCAGCGGCUCAGGACGACAUGAAGAAGCUGAGUAAGGAUCUGGAAAACACAGAGCAGCUGUGCAGCUCUCUGGAGCGUGGCUACCAGGAGUACUGUCCGGACAUCAAUCGCCAGAGGAAAGAGGUCAAGGAUCUACAGAACCGCUACACAAAUGUUGCGAACCAGUUGAAAGACAGAGAGACCAUCUUACUGGAGGCAGCAAACAAGGAUCAGGAGUUCCAGAGCAUGAGCAAAUCCCUCAACUCAUUCCUGGACAAACUGCCAGAAAACCAAGUAAAUGCCACUGACGAUUUAUCCCAAGUCGCAUCCAAGCAGAGCGCCCAAGAGAGGGUGAUGGAUGACCUGAAGAGGAAGGAAAGUGACUUGGACAGAGUAGCCGAUCUCUCUCAAGACCUGCAGGGUCUGCUCAAUGAGUACGAGGGCAACGUUGACAGAUACAACAGUAUACUCGAAGAUGGUGGUGCCACCAUUGCGAAGAAGCCUCGCUUGAUCACACUUGCCGACACGGUUCAGAAACAGGAAAAAGAUCUGUUGAACCGCUACGCGGAGGCAACUGCCGAAAACACCCAACGCCAAAAACAGAUGGGAUUGGCCAAUAAUCUGAUUUUACAAAAUGAAGAAAAAGUGCAGAUGGUGGCACAGCAGCAGGUUCAGCUUGAAAAUGCGCAAAGGUCUGCUGUGGAGGUUGAGAGUCUGCUUAGAGAGAUAGAUGAAGCAAAGGAGAGGACAAUUCACACUGAGACGACCCUGCGAACCUUCAAAAACAGGCUGUCAUCUCUGGAGAAUCGCAGAGGAGUGGAGCGCAUUGAAGAAAAAGAAGUACUGCAAUACUACCGUGACCCCACACUGGAAAGUGAUUUGCUUGACCUGAAAAACAAACUGCAUGAAGAGGUCCUGAGGCGCAGCACUAUCCAGACCGAGGUUGAUGUGUGCAACAGCAAAAUCACUCUUCUUGAAGAUAACCGCAAAAACACCCCACCAAAACUGGCGACCAGAGAGGUGACAGAGUUUGAAAAAGAUCCCCAGCUGGACAUCGAGGCAGUGAAGCUGAGAGAUGAAAUAGGGAGGAUGAGAGAUGAAAACCGUGUGAGAGAUGGGGAGCAGAUUCAGAUGAAGACAGAAGUCACAAUUCUCCAGCAGAAGAGACCACCCAUCAAAGAGAGGGUGGUCAAGAAGGAAGUGGUGAAAGUGGAGAAGGACCCCGAGAUGCUGAAGGCAGUGAGAACAUUUGAGUUGGAAAUUUCUGAUGAGUCCAACAGGAGCAAGACCAUUAAUGAUGAGAUCUUUCAGACAAGGCAUGAGAUCAAUGCAAUGGAGAGGCUGAUUCCUAACAUCCCACCUAAAGUCGUCACCAAAGAAGUCAAACAGGUCCAACAAGACCCAGAAGUCAUCAAUGAAACUCGAAGGAUCCGCACAAGCUUGGAAGAAGAGCAGCUUGAAAACAGCUCUUUGUCCAAGGUAUUGGUGGAACUCCAAAACCGUUAUCGAGAAGUUCAAGACUGGAAGCCAAAAGUAGAGGUGAAAGAAAUUGUCAAUGAGAUCUAUCAGAUAGAUCCAAGCACAGAGGUGGAGAUAAUGCGCCUGCGGAAAGACAUCCAAGACUGCAAUAAGAGGCGCACUGAUCUUGAAAGAGAAGUCAUCCAGGUCACCAGCGAGGUGAAUAUUGUUCGCUCUGAAAAGCCAAAGGUGGAAAUGAAGGAAGUUCUCCAAGAGGUGAUUAAAGAAGAAAGAAGCCCAGAAAAUGAGAGAGAGAUCCAUAGGCUGAAUGAGCAGGUGAACUAUUUGCACACCCGUUAUAACUCCCUCCUAGACCAGGUGAGAAUCCUCAAAAAAGACAGAGAUGAAUGGAAGACCGAAAAGUCCAAGAUCGAGACCAAACUCGUCCAAAAAGAAGUUAUUAAGUACGAGGCUGAUCCACUCCAAGAGAAAGAGGCGGACCGCCUGAGAAAAGAGGUGCGAGAGGAGGCGCAGCUGCGCCGCAACACUGAAGAGAUGGUGUUUGACCUGCAGAACAGAUACAUCCAGAUGGAAAGACAGAGGCCCGAAGAGAAAGUGGUUGUUCAGGAGGUUUUACGAUUGCAGAAGGAUCCAAGGCAACUCAUGGAGCAUGAGAGGCUCAGCAGGAACCUGGAUGAAGAGGUAAAGACUCGACGUCAGCUGGAGCUAGAGAUACAGCAGCUGAGAUCUCGAGUGGAAGACUUACAGAGGACCCUCAGAGAGAGCCAAGAACGUCAGAAAAGGAUUCAAGCUGAGUCUGAGCUCAGAGAGAUCCGACUACGGAUCACACAGCUGGAAAAUGCCCCACCUCCUGUUGAGGAAAGCAUCAUUGUUGAAGAGGUACUGAAGGUUGAGAGGGAUCCAAAAUUAGAAAGGCUGACAAGUGGUUUGCGGUCAGACUAUGACAAGGAGACCAGCAACAUUCUGCGCAUCGAGAGGGAUAUCCGUAACCUCAUGCUCAAGCUUGACAUCCUCCGUAAAGAGAAGUCUGGGGAAAAGACUGUGUACAAAGAGGUUGUCCGUGUUGAGAAAGACCAGGCCGUUGAAGCUGAGAGGGAUCGCCUGAGGGAUCAAGUCAAUCAGAACAAAUUUGCCAGACAGGACCUGGAAGAUGAAAUCAGACGCAUGAAUGACAAAAUCAAUCUUCUGUUGAACUCCAAAUCCAGCAGCACAAGGGAGGAGACAACCCUCAUUUUGAACAGAGAUGCCUUACAGAGAGAGAAGGACAAGCUCACUCGAGAGCUCAGAACUCUUGAGACCACAAGACAGGACAUCAGCCUCACUUUCCAGCAACAGAGUCGUCUCAACAGUGAACGGUCUCAGAUGAGCAGACAGAAGAGCCUCAAAAUGGAGUCUGACGUCCAGCGCCUGGAAAGGGACAUCUUAGACGAAAAAGACAAGAUUCAUAUGAGAGACAGCACCAUUCGUGAGCUUCUGAUGUAUCUGCAGAAGGAGGAGAACACAGAAACAAGAACCAAAGAGACCAAUGUUUCCACCAAAAUUACCAUUUUGGAUCCCGAAACAGGCAGAGACAUGUCUCCCUACGAUGCCUACGCACGGGGCCUGAUUGAUCGUCAGCAGUACAUGCAACUGCAGGAGCUGGAGUGUGACUGGGAGGAGAUCACCUCAAAGGGACCCGAUGGGGAAACAUCUGUACUCCAGGAUCGUAAAAGUGGAAAACAGUACUCCAUCAAAAAUGCCCUGAGGGAUGGAAGGCUGACCGAUUAUGAUUUACAGCAGUACAGAAAAGGAAAGAUUCCCAUCUCAGAGUUUGCCCUGUUGGUCGCAGGUGAGAACAAGAAGCAGCCCGUGCCUAACUUAAUUACUGCAUCCUCCUCAAAACCAGUGAAAUCAGCCACAACAAACUCAACCCCUGCGGCGUCAGAGAAAUGCCCAGUUGCUGGAAUAAUGGAUACAAACACUGACACCUGCUAUACAAUACGCAGCGCCGCCCUGCGCAAACUGAUCGACCCAACCACCGCACAGAGGCUUUUGGAAGCACAAGCAGCAACAGGCGGUAUCAUUGACAUCCAAAACAGCCAGAAAUACCCAGUUAACAAGGCAACAGCGAGAGGCCUGAUUGAAGAGAGCCAGCUUCAGAGGCUGCUCAACGCCCAGAAGGCUUUCACUGGAGUCGAAGACCCGGUGACCAGGGAGCGUCUCUCUGUGGGAGAGGCUGUUCAGAAAGGCUGGAUGCCAAAGGAAUCUGCCAGUCGCUACAUGGAAGCCCAGCACCUGACUGGAGGUCUUGUCAAUCCAAGCAAUGGCGAAAGAAUAAGCAUCAUGGAAGCCAUUGGGUCCAAAAUGAUCGAUAGCACAAUGAUGAGGGAGCUUCAGUCUGAGUCGUCCUACAUUAAAGAUAUUGUGGACCCGAUUUCAAAGGAGAGGAUCAACUACAAACAAGCUCUGGAUCGCUGCAAGAAAGACCCCGUGUCCGGCUUACCAAUGCUGCCCGCCUCGUCCAAAGAGCCUGGUUACAACUCAACGUACAACUCCAGUAAAUACGCGAGAUUCUAAAUGUGUUUACUGGUCGAAGUUGUUCUGUGGAGAGUUUUGCUGAAAAUGUAUAAUUACAAUUGAGAGAUCCAUAUAAAAUUCAUGCAUUUUUACAAUGUAUAUUUUGACUCAGGAAACGUGCUACUGCAAAGCUUUCUGUCUCCCUACAUCUUGCUGCUGAGUUGCAUUUGUUUACCAAACACGUCUGAUAUGGGCAAAAGUAGUUGUUUUUUUUUGUUUUUUUUCCUUUGGAAGUAAUUUAAAUACAAUGCAUUGUUAUAUUUAGGGUAUUGGGACAUGGUGCAAUGCUAUUUUGCCAGGAUUGAUUUUAUUCUGUAUUACUCACGGGCUAUCCUUGAAACUGUUCACUUUAAACUCAAUCUUGUUCGUUUAUGAAGAAACAAUUAUCAAUAAAUUUAAAUUAUAAACCGUAAAAAGCUUGGAUUUUCAC